GCGCGUCGUCUUCUGCUUGGCAACGUGCAAAAUGGCUGUCAACGACGUGCUUUCGCUGCUAAAUAUCGUGAAACAUAAGGUUAUAGCGUUAGAUCCGUUGACAAUUGCCGUCUUGUCUGCAGUCAUUGUUAUUCUCUUAACAACGAUUUUGCUACUAAGGAAGACCGCGACUGUACGGCGUGCUGUUCUAAUCGUGGGCCUUUCCGACUCUGGCAAGACGCUGCUUUACUCUCAGCUCGUGGCACAAAAGAAAGUUGAAACCUACACAUCCAUGAAGGAAAACAAGUCAUCUGUUGAUAUCCCCAAGAAGGCUCCCCUCAACCUCGUUGACUUGCCUGGAAACAACAGAAUAAGAGCUAAAUUUUUUGACAACUUCAAAUCUCUCGCUCGAGCCGUCAUCUUUGUUGUGGACAGUUCCAGCUUCUCUCGAGAUGUCAGGGACGUUGCUGAGUUGCUAUACAGUCUCCUGUGUGAUGGUGCUAUCUCCCAACAUUGCCCACCAUUCCUGAUAGUUUGCAAUAAGCAAGACGAAGCCAUGGCCAAAUCAUCAAAGGUGGUCCAGUCACAGCUGGAAAAGGAAAUGAAUGUCCUGCGUUCAACCCAAGUGUCAGCCCUAGAAUCCACCGAAGGACAGUCAAACAAUAAUACAUUCUUAGGAAAACGAGGCAAGGACUUCCAGUUCAUGGACCUCAAGCCAAUCGCUGUGGACUUUGUGGAGUUCAGUGCAGCCGCACCUGAAGAGUCCCAGUUAAGCUGCCUUCGAAGUUGGCUGGCAAAGGUUGCCUAAUGUAAUUUAUAUUUCUACUUAAAGCGUUCUACUUGGGUACCAUAGGAAUUAAUUAACGCAUUCUUAAAAUGUAAGGCUUUAUUUCAUUCAUAGCCACCCUUCAGAACAGUGCAGCAAAGUCUGCAAAGGAGUCCGCUCUCCGUUGCACUCGUAAAUCUGAAAAUCUAAUAUCACAUGAGAAACAUCUUGCAAGCCGUGAAUAGAUGCCAUUUCCCUCAUCUCGCAGCCUUCUGUCACAUCGCAGGUGUGAAAUGCGACACCCCUGUUGUCGUCUGUUAGCAAAUGCAGAGAGGCCAGGACAGGCUGAUGGUCUUUGCUUGAAAGCACACUAUGAUAGCACUCUUCCCCAGCCUUGAUACAAUCUGAAAAGUGUGGGAGGAGACAUGUUUAGGGUUGCUAAAUGUCACACACACAUUGUGCAUUAACUGGUACAGUGCAAUCCCGUUAAUUCGAACUGACGCUCAGGUUGCAUCACAACCGUGUACUUGAAUGGGGGGGAAAUGCCUGGUAAUUCGAACGCAUAAACAUACGCAAUGGUACAGUUGCCUAGCUGUGCGUUGCUCGCAUGUCAGUGACACGUUUGCUCAUUAAGUAGUAAGUUCACUUAUUAUACUUAUAAGACUGAAAGGCAAUGCCUGUGCUGCAAGAAGUGAAUCACUGCAAUGGUGUGUGCAAACACGACUGGCGUGGAAGGAUGUCACUGAUGCAUAGACUGCAGAGCAAGGACGCCUCUUGUUGAUUGCAGCUAGUAUGCAUUGCCAGAGUAUCAGGCCCUCAUUCAGAGAGACUCCGCUUUCUUUGAACAAACCUUCAGUCCCUUUCCAAUUCCAAUUAACCAGAUUGCACUUUGUAGCUGGUAUAUGAUGGCAGCAAUUUGACAACAUAUGCAUCACAAGUUGUACAAUAGUUGCUCAUCAUCAUCAUCAUCUUAACACAGUGCAAACCAUAACUGAAGAUAUUGGUUGUGUUCAUUUAUUCAACUUGCACGACCCAUGAGUUGGAGUCGUUACGUGUGAGUGUCAUCAUCAUACGUCAUCGACUCCAGCGACCUGCAUCGAGGAGGGAGUCGCUGAGAGUCGACUCUCGAGCACCCGUAGUGUUGAAUCCUCGAAUUUUAGAGCGGGAGUCAGUGCCAGGGUGAUGAGGUCACGAGAGGCACGCCGCAGCAUUUUCGUCCACCAAGAGUGGGCUCUCGUGUCGAAUAAAUGAACACAAACAUUGUGUGUGACUGUCCAUUCCAUUCCACACUGUCACUUCAGUUACCCUGCAGUUACCUCCCCGCCCUCAGUGCUGUAUGUUGUACAAACGUUUAAAACUUACCACGUGCGUUAACUAGCAGACGCUCGGCUAAAAAUCAAACAGCGUCGGCCAUCAUCUUGCGGAAGUCUGAGAGAAGGUUGUAAUCGGGGUCGUCGUCUAUGUCGACCAAGUCCUCUGCAGAACCAUGCCGACGAAAGCUCGAGUUGUAACGGUACAGGGACAGCGGACAUGGCAGAAGCUCGGGCAUCACAGAGUGGUGGGUGAUAAGGGACGUGAGUGUAGUGAAUUCCUUGGUGAAGCCCUGGAAAAAGAAAAGGUCCUUGCGUAAAAUGAAACGUUAUUUUUUACUUAGAACUAGGGUUUUGGGUUUGCAGAGUUUGCCACUGGUUUAUUUUUUUGCAUAUUCUGAAGGAGUUUAUUGCUUUACCACCGAGUUAAUACACACACAAAAAAGGAGAAAAGGUGACGGCUACCUUGCAAAACCAGGAACCCAACCUAUAACACUACUCUAUCAGUCAAGCAUGAAUGGGCUGGUAUGCUGUGCUAGGAAAAUAACUGUUCUUUGAAGUUUUCUUUUUUUUUUUGUGCCAAAUGCUGUAUUUUGUACUGUGAAGUGGAAUACCAUUAAUAGGCCCCUUGCACAUUAUAUCAUUGCUCCCAUUCCAUUGGCUCUCCUCUUGGGAGAUAAUAGUUUUCACAGAAUCUGAUUACUGCAUUUGCUCAUAACACAGCCAUUCAAAAGGCAGAAAUGUGUACACAGGAGUAGGUAAUGAACUUAAAGAAACUUCGACUGCUGUGCUUGUAACUGAGCAGGUGUAACUACGGGUCUCUGGUGUCUCAACUCACGUCAUGCCAUUUCAUCCAACCUGUAGAUCAUUUUCUAUGACAUCACAUUUCAUGGCAUGUCAGUGUGGUGGUAAUGAUAGAGUCACAUCAUCACAGUGUUGUAUACUUCUUCGUUGGUGCCUAAUACCGCUCUGAACAAAUAUUCUAUGUAGGCAUACCAUUGCUACAACUACCGGUUAAUGUGGCACAUUACAAAUCAUCACAGAUGUGAAAGUUUGAGCGAAUGUGCAUUACCACCCAUGUCUCAGUGAAUAUCUAUGGAAAUAAAUGUAGCAAGAAAAGAUUCCCUACCUUGAUCUUGUAGCCCUUGUUGGUGUGCAUGAUGAGGUAGUGUGAAAUGCCCGUUGGUUGAAAGCUCCUCGGAACCCUCAAGGAGAGGGCGAAACAGCCAGGCUUUGUUGUACUUUUCCUUACCAUGAAGGACCCAAUAGGUUCUUGUCCAAGUACUUCCAGUGCAAUCUCUCUGCAAUGUCGACAUAGGAACAGUUAGCCUUCCAGUGCCAGUUGUAGAAAACUGUUCUGAAGAUCUUAUCUUAACUGAGUGAUUACUUAUAUAAAUCAUGUAAAUUGUAUCUGACUAAGCCAUUGCUCAAACCAAAGCCAAUUGUCAUAUAAGAUGGCCUGUUUUCUGAUGCUAAAUGCAUGAAGUCUGUCAUGCAUGCUGAGGGUCUUGAUGCAUUGAAAAAAAAUAAAUAAAUAAAUAAAUAAAUGAUUUUAAAUUUUC